AUGUAUGGUUUGAAUUAUAGAAUACCUCAUUCUAGAUAGGAUUCAGGUUAAGGAAAAAGAGAAGAAAAAUUAGCAAUUAAUUAAGGGAAUCAGGAAACAUAGAUAAUUCAUAAUAAUCGGUAUUUUUCUAACAGUUUAAUUGGAGUAGGAUUAACUAAAAUGAUCAUUCCCCUUCACCAUUAUUUCAUGGAAUGCAGAAAUUUUCAGUUUAAUCAAGUUAAUCCACAUCUGCAAAUCAUUCAAAAAAAUCUUCUAUAUCUAAGACAAAAUAAACAUAAUAGACUUCAUUUUUGAAUUAUUUGAUGUUUAAAAAAGAAGAUGAAGAAUAAGAUAAACAAAUUACUUAACAUCAAUAAAAAUUACAAUAAUAAAAUAACUAUUUUACUAAUGAUCUUUAAAUUUAAAGAAAUAUGUUUAAUUUUCUUUAUGUAAUUGGUGUUGGUGGAUUUGGCAAAGUUUGGAAAGUAGAAUAAAAAAAGACUGGUUAAACCUAUGCUCUUAAAGAAAUGUCAAAAGCAUUGUAAUAUUUUAAUUUAUUAUUAUGAGAAUUAUUGCAAAAAAAAGUGUUAAUUCAGUUAUGAAUGAAAAGAACAUUUUGAGUAACCUCAAACAUCCGUAUUGUAUUAUUCAUUAAUUAAAGCUAUUUGGUUAAUAUCUAUUAUGCAUUUUAAGAUAGAGAAAAUUUAUUUUUAGCUUUAGAUUAUAUGUAGGGAGGGGAUUUAAGAUAUCACAUUGGAAGAAUGCGUAGAUUUAGUGAAGAUUAAACAAGUAUAUAAUUUGUUAUAAUAAAGAGGAUUUUUUAUGGCUUGCAUAUUUUUAGGAUUAGAAUACAUGCAUUCCUAAAAUAUUCUUCAUAGGGAUAUUAAACCUGAAAAUUUAGUACUUGAUAAAAAGGGUAAAUCUUUAUAAUAUAAAUAGGUUAUAUUAGAAUUACAGAUUUGGGCAUUGCUAGAGUACUUAGACCUGAUAAUGCUUAAGAUACAAGUGGUACGCCUGGUUAUAUGGCACCUGAGGUGAUGUGUCGAUAGAAUCAUUCAUUUUCUGUUGAUUACUUUGCUCUUGGUGUUAUUGGAUAUGAAUUUAUGUUAGGAAAAGUAAAUAAUUAAUAUUUUUAAAUAUUUAGAGACCAUAUACAGGAAGAUCUAGAAAAGAAAUCAGAGAUUAGAUUUUAGCUAAGUAAGUUUAAAUAAAAAGAUCAGAAAUCCCUGAAAAUUGGUCUUUAGAAUCAGCUGACUUCAUUAAUCGUGUAAGAAUCCUAAUAUAAUAUAGCUUAUUUAAAGGAAACCUUCUAAUCGUUUAGGAUUUAAUGGAGCUUAAGAAUUAAGACAGCAUUCAUGGUUCAAAAAUUUUCCAUGGCAAAAACUGUAUAAUAAAGAGUUAAAGGCUCCUUUUAUUCCUCAUGUAAAGAAACUAUAAAUUGAUUUUGUAGCAAUCUGAAGAUAAUUUUGAUGCUAGAUAAAUAUCCAUUGAAAAUGAAGAGAAUGGAGAGUUAAUCUAACAAAAUGCUCUAAUGCUCAGAAGAAAUUCAAUAUAAAGUAUUAAUUUAUUAAUCUGAAGCAUAAUUUAAUGGAUAUGAUCUUAAUAACUUUACUUAGACAAGUGAGACAAUCAAAUAACAAAUUAAUAAUAUUAAUUAUUGA